AUAAUGGCAUCAUCUUCCAGUAAUAUUGUAUCCUCAGAAGAAUAUCAAAAGCAACUUAGUCAACUUCAAUACUUACUUAAUAUCGAAGUUUCUACAGUUGUAGUUGAACCUAUUGAAACUUCUGCUAUAGAUACUGAUUCCAGUUCUAAUUCUGAUAAUUUCUUGCCUUUACCUAAUACUGAAGUUCCUAUUAUUUCUAAUCAUGAAAUAGAUCAGACCUGUCAACAUUGUAAAGCUAAAUUUUGGAUGAUUAAAAAAGAUCAAAAUAGUAGAAUUGCUGCUCCAAAAUUUUCUCUUUGUUGUACUAAUAACAAAGUGCAAUUACCACCUUUACUUGAACCUCUACCUUAUUUACUAAAUUUUUAUACUUUAACUAACCCUAAUGCAGUUGAAUUUCAUAAACAUGCUAGAGCAAAUUUUCGAAUUCAUGGCCAAGUUUAUCAUUUAAUUGGAUCAUUAUUACCAAAUGAAGGUCACAUAUUAGCAUUUGCUCAACUAUAUAUUUAUAAUACUGCGAAUGAAAUUACAAAUUGUCAAAAUUCAAUACACGAAUUAAAUGAAAAUGUUUUACAAAGUUUACAGAAUAUGCUGGAUAUCUGCAACCCAUAUAUUCAAAAUUUUUGGCAUGCAAGAGAUAUUAUAAGUGAUAAUAUAAUUACUGAAAUUUUAAUGAUAAUUUGUAGUGAUAGAAAUCAAGAUAUUUGCUAUUAUAAUGCUCUAACAGCUUCUAAUGUAGCUGCAAUAAUAGUAGGUGAUAGAUAUGAGAUACCUAGAAAAACAUCAGCAACUAUAAUUGGUCGACUUUAUAUAGUACAACCUUCGAAAGAUGAAAAAUAUUACUUACAAGCUUUACUUAGUCAUGUAAAAGGUGCAACUAGCUUUGAUGAUCUAAAAACUAUAAAUGAUUAUACAUGUAGUAGCUUUAAAGAAGCUUGCUCUUAUUUAGAUCUUCUUCAAGAUGAUACUAAAUAG